AGGAACAAGUGUGGCGCUUCACUUCCGGCUGGGACUGCUCAGUAGUGUGUUUGUGUCAAGUUUGUUAGAACGUCGCUGUUCCGAUGAGCACGGAACUGGAGCGCACACCUCGUUCACUACUGGUCUGUGAAAGGUCCAGUUUGUUAGAUGACAAGAACCGGCUUGGUGCGCAGGUGGAGCAGCAGCACUUUAACUGCAAGGUGACUGUGCUGCUGCCUGAGCGUGACUCCGCCCCCUCUCACCUGGACGUGGCAUUGAAGAGUUUCCAAAGUUUCUACCUGAUCCGGAAGCUUCCGCUCUAUGAACUUCUCGAAGAACACUUUGUGAAGACUGCUGUGUGCCAAGGAGUGUGUGGCCUGUCCUACAAAACUCGCAUUGAAGAAGACAACUGUGUCUUUUUAAUGCCAAAUGGACACCUCUGUCUCUCUCUGGAUAAAGACUCAUACGAGCUGUUGGGAGUUGAAGGAAAAGCUUGGAGAUCAAAGCUGACAAAAGUCAGCAGACACGUCAUCAGUAUGGAUGUGACUCCUGGUGGGCGGGGUUACCAACGUCUACUCACAGGUCUGAAGUCACGACUUCCCUUAAGGAUGGACUUCCUGUUGUCCAGUCAUUCAGGGGACGUAGAUGCACUGCAGCCACUCCUCUCGCAAUAUGAAUGGUCUGUGCACACACCAGAGGUCAUAAGUCGCACUCUGACUCACUUGCCUUGUCCCGCCAUGAUGACCUCUGACCUGCAGUCAUAUGAUGCAUUCAGCUUCCUGGAAUGGCUCGGCGCAGUGGCUGCCGACGUGAGCUGCGACAACACACCUGAUAACUUCCUGUCCUCAUUGGCGUAUCCAGAGCUGACCAACACGGUCGCUCAGAGCACGAGCCUUUCUGUGAGCGGGCUGCUGCUUCCCCAUAACAUUUUGUUACUCAUCCAAGAACUCAGGCGUUACCUGGAAGGGCCCUGUUCGAUAUCCUGGGUAGCCAUGACUGUUCACGGCUUCGACAGUCUGUACGCACAGGGCGGACCCUUCUACACUCUACUUCUCUUCCAAGACCAAACCUACUGCUUACAUAUGGCCACUUCCACCCCGUCAACACACCAAUGAAACAACAAUGAAGCACUGUAGUUUGAGAUUUCAGUGAGAUUUUUUUAGUCAUGUUAUGACUGUUCAUUUAAGUUUAUCAUGUGAUAGUUUAUUUUCAAUA